AUGAGUUGCGAUGAGACGCAGAACGGUUCUUCGGGAUGUUCUCAGUUGACGAUUGACGAGAGUUUGCUUGUUGAUCCCAAAAUGUUGUUCAUUGGCUCCAAAAUUGGGGAAGGUGCUCACGGCAAAGUCUAUCAAGGAAGGUAUGGUAAUCGGAUUGUUGCAAUCAAAGUUCUCCACCGAGGGAGCAAACCAGAGGAGAAAUCUUCACUCGAGAGCCGUUUCAUCCGUGAAGUCAACAUGAUGUCCCGAGUCAAACACGAAAAUCUUGUAAAGUUCAUUGGAGCCUGUAAAGAUCCUUUGAUGGUAAUAGUAACAGAGCUGCUCCCAGGGAUGUCACUGCGUAAAUAUCUCAUGAGCAUCCGCCCCGAGCUGCUCGAUCUCCGUGUCGCUUUGAGCUUUGCCCUUGACAUUGCCCGGGCCUUGGACUGCUUGCACGCCAAUGGAAUCAUACACAGAGACCUCAAACCUGACAACUUAUUGCUGACGGAGAAUCACAAAUCCGUGAAACUUGCUGAUUUUGGGCUUGCUAGGGAAGAAACAGUGACAGAGAUGAUGACCGCAGAGACAGGGACAUACCGUUGGAUGGCUCCUGAGCUUUAUAGUACAGUGACGCUGCGUCAAGGAGAGAAGAAGCAUUACAACAACAAAGUAGAUGUGUACAGCUUUGGAAUCGUGCUAUGGGAGCUUCUGACCAAUCGGAUGCCAUUCGAAGGGAUGUCCAACCUGCAAGCCGCCUACGCAGCAGCUUUCAAGCAGGAGAGGCCGGGAAUGCCGGAGGGAAUAUCUCCGAGUCUGGCGUUCAUAGUGCAAUCGUGUUGGAUGGAGGACCCAAACAUGAGGCCAAGCUUCAGCCAGAUCAUCAGAUUGCUCAACGAGUUCCUCCUUACCCUCACUCCUUCUCCACCUCAGCCUCUGCCUGAGACUGAGACUGACACCAGCAAGAGUAACGGUGGAGCCAUCACGGAGUUCUCGAGCCGUGCAAAAGGGAAAUUUGCCUUCAUUCGCCAGCUAUUUGCGGCAAAGAGGAACAGGAACACUUAG